AUGGCCAAAGCCCGCUGUCUCCCAGUCAAGGAUGCCAAAGACAUCCUCGGUCUCGGGACCGAGAAAGAUAUUCCCGCAUGCCUUACUGUUCGUCUUGCUCUACGCUUCUUCGAGUUCGACCUCUGGCCCAUCGUGAAUCAGGCCGGAGAUAGUGAAGUGCAGGUUCUUGGUGCGCAGCACAUACAGGCAAAGAGGGGGAAAUUGUCCUCAUACAUUGACCCAAUUAGCAUGUCGUGGCGCUUCCACGAAGGCCCACUAUAUCGUGUUGUUCGUAAUGCUGGUGCGGGCACGUCCUCGUCACUGAAUGCAAAUUGUCGAGGAGCGCAAGUGGAGUGUCGACUCGAUGGCACGGCGCGCGCCGAGAGCUCGCGACGAGAAUCCGCGAAGGACCCGGUCAGACGCCUGCGGCGUUUCGAGAAGGAAUACAGCCAUCUUCUGCAAGCAUGGCGCCAUUCCUCCAACCUCGCCAACGACUAUGAGGCCGCCGAGGAGGUCGAGAUUCGCCUGCAAGACCUCACCAACAUCCUCAGCGACGAGACCCGAAGGCCCCUCCCGCACCCAUGCAUUGCUUUUUCGGCCAACAAGCAGCUGUACAUACCCAUCGCCAAGAUAGCCACCACCUCGUACAAUGAAUGGAUCAUCAAGGAGGCAGUGCUGUUCUUCGCGACCCUCGUCGAGAGCGAGGAGGAGGCCUUUGUCGAAAGCGAGGCAUUCGCCGCCAGUUUGACGAACCUACUUGUUAAGAUCACCGGCGCCAACAGCAUCCGGCUGGGUUCAGACACCGAAGCACGCGUGGUUGAACUGGCUUUCAACAUCACCACUAAGAUCCGGCUGGAACCAAACAUACUGUCUUCGUGGUUCAAGCUACACCGCGACAGGCAGCAGGACGAGAGAAACCAAGACAACCGAGACAAGUUUGAAGGAAGGACGCAGAAACAAGACUUCCCCCUGUUCUACUUACUGGUCGAUUACAUCCACCAUGAGGGCAAAGUCGGUGAUUUCGCGAGGACUGGCUUGCUCUAUAUCAUUGAGGCCGCCUCCAACUCAGUCGAGCUCGAGCAAUGGAUUGUAGAGAGCGAUCUAUCAACUCUCAUGGCCACAGGUCUUGGGGCUCUCUACAGCCAGCUAAGUGGGAAGCUGGUAAUAGACUACCCUACCCAUGACCUUCCCCCUAUCCUCGCUCUGUCGGAUUAUCAACCCCCUGUUGCUACCCACGAGGUCAUGCCGUCGACAGAUCCAGGCUUUCAGGCUCAUCUGGAGACAUUCCUAUCACAUCUGGUGUUUUGGCAGGACGUUCUGAACCAUUGUAAUUCUAUCGAGGUUAAGUCCACGCUGCUAGAGCACUUCCAGAUAAUUUUCCUACAACAAUUGCUAUACCCGUCUCUCCUAGAAUCAUCCGAUCUUGAUGGAGGCUCGUCAGUUGCCGUUUUAACUUAUCUUCGCCAAAUACUAGAGGCCCUGGACCAUCCCGAUAUGAUCAACCUCAUUCUUCAUUACCUGCUUGGCCUGCCAGAUAUUGUGACGACAUCUCCCGAAGCCACCUCCAAUUCUGUCAGCAAGGCUAGGAAAAGGAAGUCGAUGGAUCUAGCGACAAUGAUGGCCUCCAAGGCUGAUGACACCCUCGAUCCUCUCUUAUACACCCUUGUCGAUCUGAUCCUGGCGUGCCUACGGUCACCCAGUCAUCAGACAAUCCAUGUCACGCUUCAACUUGUAUCCGCGAUCCUUAAGAGGCAUCAUCGAUACGCAGUAACAACGUUGAUACGGACGGAGAAUCUCUACGGGGAUAUACCUCACCGUACUGUUGGGGCCCAGCAACAAGAACUGGAGUUCUUGAUGUCACUUGCUGGUGUGAUUGGAGGCCAAGAUAACUUCGACGAGGUGUACGAAAACAUUCUGAAGGACACCACGUCACGACUGGAGAGCCACCCUUGUUCCUUGAAGCUCACUGUCCCAAAGAUCAAUGUCAACAACCACAAAUUGCCGUCCGUUCCGGACUCUCUGCCAGGGGCCCCUCGAGAUGUUCGGCCACAUACUAUACGACCCGAUGACCCGUUGUUAACCAUUUUGCUUGAUCACCUGGAGCUCUUCUUCCUCAAUCCGGUCGAGACAAAUCUCGGUAUCACAGAAACACUGUUCGACCUCGCAAUAUGCGGGUACAUGAGUCUCGAGGGCUGGCUCCUACGUCACCCAGAGAAAUACAUAUAUGAUGCGGAUGAUGCAUAUCAGCCACUCUCACCCAGAGAGCAAGGCGAGGAUACUCUGGAUAUGGAUCUUGAAAAGAUGCUUGCUGAAGAUCCUGAGACAUACGAUAUGAUCAACAAGUGUCGCCGCAGGCCAACCUGGUCCUCGUCCAAUUUACCACGACUCUUGAAAGUAUUGCAGUUGCUCACGGAUGAGGUCGCCACAUAUCGCGAAACGAUUCCUCGUUUCCACGAUCUUCUUCAGCAACGACGCGAAUCCUUCCAAAUUGCUGACUCUGCUUCUACUCCCAUGCCCAGACGUGUUCAGCCACCUUCUAGCACACCAGGGUCAGGCACACCCGCAUGGGCUCCGGGGAGUAUGAACACCUCUAGAAGCGGUUCUCCUCAACGGGCAGGCGGGCUGGAAGGCUUUGCGCAGCGUAUCCUGAAGGAUCUCAAUGACCUCGGAUCACCCAAUCGGUCCAACAGCCCACGUGGGCCUCAUCUGGCAGUACCAGGCGGGCCACCUCUAUCAGGUGGCUUUGGAAUCGGGACCCCAUCCUCCGUCAAGGGCCCCCCGGUUCCACCCAAGGACUCUUACAAGUACGAAACGCCAAUCAAGGGCGGAGCCGGACUUAACAGAUCGUACUCGCCGGCUGGCCCAAAGACUGACCAGGACCCCGUCAAGGCGAGCCAAGCCGCUGCCUUCCAGGCUGUGGACCAGCAGAUCUUGGCGAGGAAGGUCGGCCUCCCGGACAAGACGAAGAUGAAUCCUCUGAAGCUGGGAGGGAAGAUCGAGGACGAGACUCCACCGACGCCACCGGCAAAGGACGAUGCGCCCGGAGCGGACGGGCAGAACGAGAGCACACCGGCGGCAGACGGCGACAAAGAUGACACGCAGAGCAGCAUCGCAAACGUGGACUCGCAUACGCCGCCCGAGGAAAAGAAGGUGUCCGUCUCGCACGUUCUCACCAACAUCAUUGUCCUGCAGUCGUUCCUAUUCGAGCUGGCGGCACUGGUGCAGGUGAGAGCUGGCAUCUUCGACGACGAGGUACAGUUCGCAUAG